CACCCAACACUCUCAAGUCACCACCAUCUUCUAACCUCUGACAACUCCUUGCUUCGAUCAGUUUGCUUGGUUGCCAGUGAUCAAGAAUAAAUCAGCUUGCGGCGUCGGCAGACAGCAGUAACAAUGGCUGGUGGGCAAGUGGCGGCGAACAGGGCGUUCCUGCUCUGCAACUACUUGCUUCUGGCCGCGGCGUCGGGCUGCAUCUUCCUCACGCUGUCGCUCCGCCUCGUCCCAUCCCCGUGCGGCCUGCUCCUCCUCUUCCUGCAUGCGCUCACCGCGGUCUUCGCCGCGGCUGGCUGCUCGGGCUCCUUCACAAACCCCGCAGCCGGCGCCGGAGCCCAGCACGCUGCGCACACCGCAGGUGCCGUCCUCACUGCCAUCUUCCAGGGCGCUGCAGCCGUGUUCGCAUUCACCCGCACGGCUGACUUCCUCACCGAGCUGCGGUCCUACGUCCGGGAGGAGGAUGGUGCAGCCAUCCUCAAGCUCGUCGGCGGUCUUGGGGCCGCCAUUUUCGUGCUCGAGUGGGCCUCGCUCGCGCUCGCCUUCGCUCUUCGGCUCAGCGAAGACGGUGGCGAGGAGGCGGCCGACGGGGGCGAGUACGCCAAGGGCUGGCCGUCUGGCUACCACGUCCGAUUCUGGUUCAGCUCAGAGCCCGUCGAGAUGGAUGAACGGAGAGGCAAAUGAGGAUAUUUCCUUUUUCUUGUACUCUCUCGUGUACUAAAAUGAGGAUAUUUCCUUUUUCUUGUACUCCCUCGUGUACUAAAUAUAAGUAUUUUAAAAGAUUUCAUUAAAGGGCUAAA